GCGCUCAGACCUAGGUGGCGGCAACAUGGCUAAAUGCACCAAGAAGGUCAGAAUGGUGGGUAAAUACGGGACCCAUUAUGGUGCCUCCCUCCGGAAAAUGGUGAAGACAAUUGAAAUCAGCCAGCACGCCAAGUACACUUGCUCCUUCUGUGGCAAAACCAAGAUGAAGAGACGAGCUGUGGGCAUUUCGCACUGUGGUUCCCGCAUGAAAACGGUAGCUGGUGGUGCCUGGACCUACGACACCACUUCUGCCGCCGCAGUAAAGUCAGCCGUCAGAAGACGGAAGGAACUGAAGGACCAGUAGAAGGGCCACCAUUUGAAACAUUGCUAGCCUACAAUAAAUGGGUUAAUUUAGG